GGCUGCGGGCAGGAAGGGGAAGCCCGCCCGCUCCGCGCCCCCGCCGUCCGGCUGACUGGCUGGCUGGCUGGCUGACUGGCUGCCCUCCCUCGCUUCCCGCCUCCCGCUCCGGCUGGCGGCCAUCCCGCCGCGGCUCCGGCCUUGGGGCGCGGGGCGGGGCCCGCGCGCCACCGCCCCUUCCCUGCCUGCGCCCGGCGGCCCCUGACGGCGAGCGGCGGCGGUCUGGUGCUCCUCGCUCCCGGGAUUCUAAGGGUCUUGAACAACCAUGAGCAACCCGUUUGUACAGAUUGUGGAGCCGCUGGACCCAAAACAGCCUCUGAAGAAGUUCUUUAAUCUGAGCAAAUUGGGAGAUGUGAGAUAUGCACGCCUGCCAUUUUCUAUUCGAAUCCUCUUGGAAGCAGCAAUCCGUAACUGUGAUGAGUUCCUAGUGAAGAAGGGAGAUGUUGAGAAUAUUCUCAACUGGAAAGAGGUGCAACACAAGAAUGUUGAAGUGCCAUUUAAGCCUGCAAGAGUUAUUCUGCAGGACUUCACCGGGGUGCCUGCCGUGGUUGACUUUGCUGCGAUGCGUGAUGCUGUGAAGAAACUUGGCGGGGACCCUGAAAAAAUCAAUCCUAUCUGUCCUGCUGAUCUAGUGAUAGAUCACUCCAUCCAGGUUGAUUUUAACAGGCAAUCAGACAGCUUGCAAAAAAAUCAGGACCUGGAAUUUGAAAGGAACAAAGAAAGAUUUGAAUUCUUAAAGUGGGGCUCUCAGGCUUUUAAAAACUUGAGGAUUAUUCCACCAGGCUCUGGGAUCAUCCACCAAGUGAACCUGGAGUACUUGGCUAGAGUGGUGAUGGAUCAGGAUGGCUACUACUAUCCAGACAGUGUGGUGGGCACUGACUCACACACCACCAUGAUAGAUGGCUUGGGAGUGCUUGGCUGGGGUGUGGGUGGCAUUGAAGCAGAAGCAGUGAUGUUGGGGCAGCCAAUCAGCAUGGUGCUUCCUGAGGUGGUUGGCUAUAAGCUGGUAGGAAACCCUCAGCCACUGGUAACAUCCACUGACAUUGUGCUCACCAUUACCAAGCACCUUCGCCAAGUUGGAGUCGUGGGUAAAUUCGUGGAGUUUUUUGGCCCUGGUGUAGCCCAGCUGUCAAUUGCUGACCGAGCCACCAUUGCCAAUAUGUGUCCAGAGUAUGGAGCAACAGCUGCCUAUUUCCCAGUGGAUGAUAUUAGCAUUGGGUACCUGAUACAGACUGGACGUGACAAAGAGAAGGUUAUGUGCACAAAAAAGUAUCUUGAGGCUGUGGGAAUGCUAAGAGAUUUCAAGAACUCCUCUCAGGAUCCGGACUUCACACAGGUUGUUGAGUUGGAUCUCCAUACUGUUGUGCCUUGCUGCAGUGGACCAAAAAGACCUCAGGACAAAGUUGCUGUGUCAGAUAUGAAGAAGGACUUUGAGACUUGUCUGGGAGCCAAGCAAGGAUUCAAGGGAUUCCAGAUUGCCCCAGACCGACACAACAGCAUAGUUAAACUUAAUUUUGAGGGCUGUGACUUCGAGCUUGCUCAUGGUUCAGUAGUGAUUGCUGCCAUUACAAGCUGUACAAACACCAGUAACCCCUCAGUUAUGUUGGGUGCAGGAUUGCUUGCUAAGAAGGCUGUUGAAGCUGGUUUGACAGUGAAGCCAUACAUUAAAACUAGCCUGUCCCCAGGAAGCGGGGUCGUCACUUACUAUCUGCGGGAGAGUGGAGUUAUGAGUUACCUUUCCCAACUAGGGUUUGAUGUGGUGGGUUAUGGCUGUAUGACGUGUAUUGGCAACAGUGGACCCCUACCAGAGUCUGUUGUUGAGGCCAUUACACAGGGUGACCUCGUUGCAGUGGGGGUGUUGUCUGGCAACAGGAAUUUCGAAGGGCGUGUCCAUCCCAACACCCGUGCUAAUUACCUGGCCUCCCCGCCACUGGUUAUAGCCUAUGCAAUUGCAGGGACCGUCCGGAUUGAUUUUGAGACAGAGCCUUUAGGAAUAAAUGCUUCGGGGAAGAAGAUUUUCCUGAAAGAUAUCUGGCCAACAAGAAACGAAAUUCAGGCUGUUGAGCGUCAGUUUGUUAUUCCUGGGAUGUUCAAGGAGGUCUACCAAAAAAUAGAGACAGUAAACAAAUCUUGGAAUGCCUUAGAUGCUCCUUCAGAUAAACUGUAUACUUGGAAUCCCAAGUCUACCUAUAUCAAGUCUCCUCCUUUCUUUGAUGGUCUGACUUUGGCUCUUCAGACCCCGAAAGCAAUAGAAGGUGCUUAUGUCCUGUUGAGUUUUGGGGAUUCUGUGACAACUGACCACAUAUCUCCAGCUGGGAACAUAGCCAGAAAUAGUCCUGCAGCCCGUUAUUUGACCAGCAGAGGCUUGACUCCUCGAGAGUUCAAUUCCUAUGGCUCCCGCAGAGGGAAUGAUGCUGUCAUGGCCAGAGGGACAUUUGCAAAUAUUCGCUUGGUCAACAAAUUUAUUGAUAAACAAGGACCUCAGACUAUCCAUUUCCCUUCUGGGGAAAUACUGGAUGUGUUUGAUGCUGCAGAAAGAUACAAGCAGGCUGGUCAUCCUCUGAUUGUGCUGGCUGGGAAGGAAUAUGGUGCAGGAAGUUCCAGAGACUGGGCAGCUAAAGGACCAUUCCUCUUGGGUGUCAAAGCUGUGCUUGCUGAAAGCUAUGAGAGAAUUCAUCGAAGCAACCUAGUAGGGAUGGGAGUGAUUCCUCUGCAGUAUUUACCUGGAGAGGAUGCAGGGACUUUAGGACUCACUGGACGGGAGCGUUACACGAUUAUCAUUCCCGAAAAACUAAAACCACAGAUGAACAUCCAGAUUAAGCUGGAUACUGGGAAAACCUUUCAGGCCAUCAUGAGAUUUGACACUGAUGUGGAGCUCACUUACUUCCACAACGGCGGCAUUCUGAACUACAUGAUCCGUAAAAUGGCAUCCUAAUUAAAAAAAAUUAAGCAAAAAGGUCCAGGUUCAAGCCUGCUUCCAGUGAGCGCAAUAAACCUGUAGUAAUCCUGCAUUUGAAAGUGUGAACCAUAAAGUGAACAAUUUUUUUUUGUGGAUUGUAUUAGAAGGCUUGUUUACAAUGAUGAAUUUUUCUGUGUAUUGGGAAACUGGUCAGGCCCAUAUAAAGUAAACAGCAUUUAUUAUUUGUUUUGUAUGGCAGUUGGCUUGACUUACCUUAGAAUACAGUGCAAAAGUCAUUAAGAUACUGCUGGCAUCUUUAGAACCAUUGGAGAUCAUGUGCUGAUUUCAUAUAUUCGGUCCAUUUAGUCUGACUCUGAAGUUAAGUUUUAUGCUCGCAUCAGUGAUCUAAAAGUUCACUGACAGUAUAAAACACUUUUAUUCCUUCCUGAUUACCUGAUACUGACUUGCUUUCUGAUUCAGUCAUCAGAAUCUGAAUCUAAUACUGAAAUUAUUUAGCUGUUUAUUAAUUUUAAAAAUGUGAACUCUGUUUAAAAUCUAAGCCUUUGUGGAAAGGUGGACUUAUUGGGGAUAUUUCUAAUGGAUAAAAUUAAAUUUAUUUUUAAGAAAUUUGGUGGUUUCUAUCAUUUUAUCCUUAGUACUGGGAUGCAGAACAAAACUUUGACUUUAAACUCUUCUCAUUGUCCCUGUAUGAACAGAGUCGUAUGAGUCUCGACUUCUCAUGUUUCAUUUUUGUUUCAUUAAAGAGUCUGCAUGAGACAGGAUGAAUACAAA